AUGCAGGACGGGGCUGGUUCCAGCAAGAUGUUCUCAGAGAAGGGCAGUGCCAGGCGGAAGCUGGACCAGCAAAACUUCAUGGAACAGGUGCGCGAAUGCAGGGACAACGGCUACCUGCUCUCUUCCAGGAAGAUUGGUUCUGGGGCCUUUUCCAAAGUCUACCUGGCCUAUGCCACACAUGAGCGCAUGCAGCACAACCCCAAGCUGGCCUCCGACCUGCGGGGCAAGCGCCAUGCCAUGGGCCAACCUCCACCCUUACGGGUGGCUAUCAAGAUCAUCUCCACUGCCGAGGCCCCUGUGGAGUUCUCCCAAAAGUUUCUGCCUCGUGAGAUAUCAUCACUCAAUGCUACCUACAAGCACCUGAACGUGGUGCUGCUCUAUGAGACCUACCAGAAUAGCCAGCGCUCCUACUUGGUGCUGGAGUUGGCAGCCCGCGGUGACCUACUGGAACACAUCAACGCAGUGUCAGACCACUGCUGCCGCCCAGGGCUGGGAGAGGAGGCGGCCCGUAGGCUCUUCUGGCAGCUGGUCAGUGCCGUGGCCCACUGCCACAGCUCAGGCAUCGUGCACUGGGAUCUAAAGUGUGAGAACAUCCUGCUGGAUGACCAAGGCCUCCUAAAGCUGACCGACUUUGGCUUCGCCAACCGGUCGGGCCUCAAGAAUUCGCUGCUGAGCACCUUCUGCGGCUCUGUGGCCUACACAGCUCCCGAGAUCCUCAUGAGCAAGAAGUACAAUGGGGAGCAGGCUGACCUGUGGAGCCUGGGCAUCAUCCUUUAUGCCAUGGUGACUGGGAAGCUGCCCUUCAAGGACCACCAGCCCCACCGCAGGCUGCACCUGAUGCGCCACGGCCCCACCUUCAGGCCAGGCACGUCCCCAGAGUGCCAGGACCUGAUCCGGGGCCUGCUACAGCUACGCCCGUGUGCACGCCUGGACCUGCAGCAGGUGGCCACCCACUGCUGGAUGCUGCCCGCCGCGCAGGCGCUCUUCUGCACCAUGCUCAGCUCGGCGCCAGAGAAGCCAGCUGAGUCCCAGCUGCCCGCAACCCUUGACCACACGGAGCCUGGCAGAGACUCAGAGCCUCCAAGGCCGCUCCUGAAGCUGCGGCGCCCUCAGCAGGGGGGAACUCACCGCGAGAGUGCUUCUGGCCUGGUGCCUGAGCCCCCAGAGGCAAUCCCAAGAAGACGUGCAGGAUCUGCCCAGCUGGGGCUCCGGAACAUGGCGGCAGCCAGCCUGGGGGUGGGCGCCUCCAGGUAG